GAUAUGGAGUAGGAAUGAAGAACCCUUUACGUCAACAGCAUCAACAGUAUAAUUCAGCUGGUGUUAACAAUAUUACUGUAAAUAGCAAUGAAGGUAUAAGAGUAAGAGAAAAUAUCUUGGAUAGAAGACAACUUGGAGAUUUUGAUUAUGGAGAUUAUGGUGAGAGUUGA